AUGUCCGCCGCCCUGCCGCCCAAGGAGCUCUCGCCCAACAAUCCCAUCACAGACAGCUCUGUGCGCGAGACGCUCGAGCCGCUGGGGCUGUCCGUACCGGAGAAGGAGGAGAAGCACUACACCACCUUCCUGAAGGGCAUCUGGGAGAUCUGGGACCGCGUCGAACAGAUGGAUGACUAUGUUCCGAUCGUAGACGAGGAACGUUUUCCCCGCGAGAACGUGCACCGACCGACGGGGAAGGACAACCCCGCAAACGCCUGGGCGUGGAAGGCGACCAUCCGCGACCAGCAGAAGAACGAGGGGCUGCUCAAGGGCAAGACUGUGGCUUUGAAGGACAACGUCGCUGUGGCAGGUGUCCCCGCGCUUGUCGGCACCAACGCAGUCAAGGAUUGGGUACCGAACGUCGAUGCUAGUGUCGUCACGCGCAUUCUCGAGGCAGGAGGCACCGUGCUGGGGAAGGCCGUUUGUGAGAACCUCUCCCUGUGGGGACUCAGCGACUCGAGUGCGACCGGACCCAUCAGCAACGUCUACGCCGAUGGUUACUCCGCCGGUGGCAGCUCAAGCGGCAGCGGAGUGCUCGUGGCGCGCGGCGACGUCGAUCUCGCUAUUGGCGGCGACCAGGGUGGCUCGAUCCGCAUUCCGGCAUCGAAGAACGGUAUCGUAGGCAUGAAGCCGACCCAUGGGCUUGUGCCGUAUACCGGCGUCGUGAGCCUGGAGCCGACGCUUGACCAUGUCGGACCCAUGAGCCGAACUGUCCUGGACAACGCCAAGUUCCUACAGGCCAUUGCUGGUGCCGACAACAUCGACGACAGGCAGGUUGCUGGCUGCCCUCUUCCCGGCUCGGUGCCCGACUACUCUGCCCUUGCGGCAAAGGGGGUGAAGGGCCUUCGCAUUGGUCUUCUGACGGAGGGCUUCGCUGCCGCCGUCCACGACCCAAAGGUCAGCGAGCUGGUGCGCAAGGCAGCCGCUCGGCUGGAAGCUCUCGGUGCAGUCGUAUCCACGGUCUCUGUGCCAAUGCACAAGAACGGCCCCGAUCUGUGGGCGGUGAUCGGACGCCUUGGUGCAUCCCAGGUCGCGCUGGGUCGGAGCACGGGACGCCGACACCUGGCGCUGAACGACUUUACGGCCAAGAGCGUACCGAUCACGCAGGAGUCGUUCAACGACAUGUUCGUCAGCUCGAAGAACACGAUCGUCAACGGCGAGUACGGCUGGAAGCACAUGAACCCGACGCUGUACGGUAAGGCGACAAACCUGGUCCGCAAGCUCCGCGACGCAUAUGACGGGGUCAUGGACGAAGUCGACAUCCUCCUGAUGCCGACGCUGCCGAACCUGCCGCCGAAGCACAUUGAGGAGGGCAGUGAGCUCGAUGAGGUCAUGAAGAACUGCACGGGUGUGACGCUGAACACGGCGCCGUUCAAUCUGACAGGGCACCCGGCGCUCUCGUUCCCUGUCGGCAUGCUCGCGAACGACGCUGGCGUCCGGCUGCCAGUCGGGAUGCAGCUUGUCGGCCGGCGCUGGGACGAGGGUACGCUGUACGCUGCGGCGUAUGCGUGGGAGCAGGCGAAUGACUGGAAGGAGUUCUCUUAA